GCAGUCCUGCGAAGAAAGUGACCGCAGCCGGGCCACUCGAGGGGUGGGAGCGCGAACCGAGCGGACCAUCGCCGAGGGGGUUCCUACCCUCCAGGAGCAGACAGGAAACAGCGGGACGCUGAGCGCUUCGAAGCGGGAGAGCUGGAGUCCAACGGAACGGGGCGAAGGAGGGGAAGGAAGGCUGUCGUCGCUGCGGGCUUUUGGGCUCUUUAAUUUUACGCACAGCGGACCUGUGAAGACGCGGACAGGUCAUCCUCUCGCAACCGCAGACAGGCACCACGGAGUGAUUCACGCCCCCUCUAGCCCCCAUCACCUCACCCCGCCUGUCUGCCUCCAAUGCCGGGCAUUAGCUCCGCCGCGCCUCGUUAUGAAAACUGGGAAAUGGACCACUACCAGCACUACUUUUACGACGACCACGAUCCGGACGAGGACUUCUUCAUGUCCACGGCGCCCAGCGAGGACAUAUGGAAGAAAUUCGAGCUGGUUCCGACCCCGCCCAUGUCCCCCAUGCGGCUGCCCGCGGAAGGGUCGGGCCAGGUCGGGCUGCUCUGUCCCUCUCUCGGGGACAAGCUGGAGUGGGUUUCUCAGUUCCUGGGGCAGGACGACGAGCAUAAUCAGCAGCAGCAGCAGCAGCAGCAGCAGCACGCGCAGGAGCUGCCCUACAAGCUCGCGACCAGCGGCGACUCCUUCGGCAACCUGAGCUCCAUCAUCAUCCAGGACUGCAUGUGGAGCUGCUUCUCUGCCGGACAGCAGCUGGAGAGAGUGGUAGGGGAGCGUCCUCGGCUCGGCGCCGGAGGCAACGUUUUGUCUCCGUGGAAAGCCCAGGGUGCCCUCACCGACACGUGGUUCGCGGGUGGCCUGGCUGCGGACUGCGUGGACCCGGCUGCCGUGCUCACUUUCCCGCUUCCCGGAGGAUGCAAGAGAAAGGUGUCGUCCGGUUCAGAGUCGCACACAGACUCCUCAGAUGACGAAGACGAAAACGAUGAUGAUGAGGAGGAAAUUGACGUGGUGACGGUGGACCACAAUCAGCAGCAGCAGCAGCAUAAACCCCGUCGACUGGUCACCACCCGCAAACCGGUGACCAUCACGGUGCGAGCAGACCCCCACGACCCCGGCACCAAGCGUUUCCACAUCUCCAUCCAUCAGCAGCAGCACAACUACGCCGCGCCCUCCCCGGACACACUCCCCGCGGACCCCGAGCCCGCCCGGAAGAAGGUCCGACAGGGAGUCCCCGCUCCCGCGACCCAGCCUCACAGGAACUCUCUCCACAACCAGCCCCGGCCCGGCCAUGCGCCUCUGAACUUGGACAGGAGAAGGUCUCACUCCACUGUGGCCGGGGUGAGAUCAGAGUCCCCCAACCUUAGCGCGUCCUCUCCUACCUCGUCCUCGUCGCCUUCGUCUCCACCCAGCUCCUCCUCGUCGUCAUCCCACCAUUGCUUGCCGUCGAAGCCCCGUUCCCACAUGUCGAGCCCCCUGUCCUCAGACUGCGAGGACACGGACAAGCGCAAGGCGCACAACUUCCUGGAGCGGAAGCGGCGCAAUGACCUGCGCUCCCGCUUCCUCUUGCUACGGGACGAGAUCCCGGGGUUGGCGGACUGUGCCAAGACCCCCAAGGUGGCCAUCUUGACCCGAGCUACGGAGUACCUGCAGCAGCUCCACGCCGCCGAGAAACAGAAGACUCAGGAGAGGAAGCAGCUGAAGGCCAGGCAGCUGCAGCUGCUGCAGCGGUUGGCGCAGCUCAAACGCUCCUGAGAGCCGGAAUCGACCGCCGCCUUCACAUGAACCUUGAACUGAAGGAGAACUACAUAAAGUGGGGAAAAACACUGAGUUGGUCAUGCUGGAUUAGAGGAGUUGGAUUUGAUUUUUUUAAAUUUUUGCUUUUUUUUUUUUUCGAUUUGUGGUUUGCACAUCAGCUUCUGAGUGACAGAGCUAUCUGGACGGCCGUUUUCUGGCUGGUUUCCGUUUUACUAUCCUGAGGUCUCAAGGGAUUUCUGUUGGAUCUUGCAAGGGGGAAUUUACUCAUGGUUACUUGAUAUUUUUUUAAAUUUACCUCCAACAAGAACUAUUAAAACUUGUCUUAAAAUAAAAUUGGCAUUGUUAAUUGCUAGAACCACUUUGGUCAAACCCCCUGUUCUUUAUUACCUGGUCAAGAAUGUCAAAAUUCAUGAUUUUGCCAUUACAUCUUAGUUUUUCAGGCUUCCCCAACCUGCCCUCCCCCCUCCCCUAUUCUUCUCAUUUUCCUUAACAGCAGUUGGUCAGUCCUUGUUUGAAACUGGCUUGAAAUGAAGAAGUUUGAGUUGCUUUCCCUGCACCCAACCCUCCCUCCUCUUUUUAUUGCCCCAGUACCAUUUACUGCUGCAUGUUACAACAAAAUCCUUGCAGUUACAGACGUUUUUUUCUUUUUCUUUUUUGUAGCAAUUUUAGAAAACGGGUUAUGUCUGAAAUUUUCUUCAAUACAGGUCAUCAAAAUGAUAAUUAAAAAAAAACACUAAAAUAUUUACUGAGAUUUAUUGUUGUGCCAUGAAGAUCAGCCAAAAGGUGAAUGUCAGCUUAGGUUAAAAUAUUGGCUUAAAUCUGUGUUUU